AUGCUGAAUCCUCGAUACAUCGGUCCGUUUCAGAUUCUUGAGAGGGUUGGACCGGUGGCGUAUCGGAUGGGUCUACCGCCUCACCUUUCAAACCUGCACGACGUAUUCCAUGUGUUGCAGCUUCAGAAGUAUACUCCUAAUGCUAGCCAUGUGUUAGAACUUGAAUCGGUCCAGUUAAAGGAAGACUUGACUCUGCCGGUGACUCUGGUCAGAAUUGAUGACAUGAGUAUCAAACGGUUGCGCAGAAAAGAGAUUUCAUUAGUCAAAGUGGCAUGGAUUCGGGCCGGUAUUGAGGAGCACACUUGGGAACUUGAGUCGGAAAAGCGAACGGACUACCCACACCUAUUCUCAGGUAACUGA